ACUAUAAUUAAUUCGCCCAACAGUAUUAUUAUUAUUAUGAGCCGCUACUUUUUCACACCUUCCUCAUCUUCUCCAUCUCCGAAUCACCAUUGCCGCUCUCUCUUCUUCACCAAAACCCUCAUCUGAAACCCUAAAUUGAACCCCCAAUGACCACAUUCACUCCCUCUCCCACUCCCAUUUUCGUCCUAACCCUAUUUCUCACCCUAAUUUCUUUCUCAGAUCGGAGAGUGAACAGCGCGACAUUCACUUUGGUGAACAACUGCGGCGACACGAUUUGGCCCGGAGUGCUCUCCAAUUCGGGCAGCCCUUUGCUGGAACCCACUGGCUUCUCCCUCCCCGCCGGCACAUCGAGCUCCCUCUCCGCCCCCACCGGAUGGUCCGGCCGCAUCUGGGCACGCACUGAUUGUUUCUCCGACGGCUCCGGCCGCCUCACCUGCGCCACGGGGGACUGCGGUUCCGGUUCUCUAGAAUGCAAUGGUGCGGCCGCGUCUCCUCCAACUACCCUAGCCGAAUUCACCCUCUCCUCCGCCGGCGGGAACGAUUUCUACGACGUGAGCCUCGUGGAUGGAUAUAAUCUUCCUGUUGUUGUAGCGAAUAGCGGCGGGGUGGGGGGCUGCGAGAUCACUGGAUGUGCUGUGGAUCUGAAUCCAUUGUGUCCGCUGGAGCUGAGGGUGGGGGAAGGAGAAGCAUGUCGCAGCGCUUGUGAGGCGUUUGGGCAGCCGGAAUACUGUUGUAGUGGUGAGUUUGGGAGCCCGGACGCUUGCCGUCCGACCGUUUACUCGGAGAUGUUCAAGUCGGCUUGUCCGAGGGCUUAUAGCUACGCUUAUGAUGACGCAACUUCUACCUUCACCUGUGCCGGAGGGGAUUACUCCAUUACUUUCUGCCCUGAAACAACGCAGAG